GCUGGCCAUGCCCGGCAGUACUUCCAAGCAAGCCAACAAAGGAACAGCCAAUCAGAGAUCAAAUCAGAGGAUAGAGAGAGAGAAACGUGCACACAACUAAUAGGAUCUCCCCGGAACAAGCGCGGGAGAGGGAAGAAAUGCAAGAUCAGACGGCCACGACGACGAGCUCGCCGCCUUCCAGCAGCGACAGGUCGUCCAGCUCCAAGGAAGGGAUGGACAGCGACGACGACAUAGGGAGGGUGCCGGAGUUCAGGCUGGGCCAGGGAGGUCCAUCGACGUCGGGAAGGGAGGCAACGGCGGCCGGGACGUCGUCCGGGCUCGCGCAGUCGGCUGCGGCUGCGCAGGCCAGCUCCCACCGCCGCGGCCGCAGCCCCGCCGACAAGGAACACCGGCGACUCAAAAGAUUGUUGAGGAACCGGGUGUCGGCGCAGCAGGCACGGGAGAGGAAGAAGGCGUACAUGGGCGAGCUGGAGGUGAAGGUGAAGGACUUGGAGACGAGAAACUCUGAGCUCGAGGAGAGGCUCUCCACGCUGCAGAACGAGAAUCAGAUGCUUAGACAGAUACUGAAAAACACCACCGGUAACAAGAGAGGACCGGGUAGCGGCGCCGACGGGGACAGCUAGAGCCUAUAGUACCACCGUGUGACGUCUGGAGUUAUCUGCUACGCUACUUCAUUGUGAAAAAUGUAAUAACGAAGUCUCAAGAAAUUGCUUAGUCUCAAGAACUGAGGGGAGCCGGCACCACAUAAUGUACAGUGAAGGACCGGUCCUGACGUAUGUAUUCACGUCAGACUUGUCUAUGUAUUGAUGAAGGUUGAGUAUAAUAUGUAUGAUGUAUGUAAACUGCUUACCAUAUGCUCUAGCAGGGGUGUGAAUUGUUCAGACUGCAAAUGCAGCCGAUUUAAGCUUCUUGUACCAUCAGCCCACGUAGUAGCCAUGAAUCGUUGACA